GCCAAUUAAGAAUUCUUUUCCAUGUGCAGCAUUUCUACUCUCUCCAAGAAGAGUGUCAAAGCUGAAGCAGCAGCAACAGCAGCAACAAACAUGAGCGUGAAGGGCAUGGCUAUAGUCUUGGCUGUGAUAUUCUGUGCUACAAUUGCUCAAGGUUUCCCAAUGUUCAAAGGGGGACGUUGUCUUUGCGUGGGCCCUGGAGUAAAAGCAGUGAGAGUGGCAGAUAUUGAGAAAGUCUCCGUAAUUUACCCAAGUAAUUACUGUGACAAAACAGAAGUGAUUAUCACCAUGAAAACACAUAAAAGACAAAGAUGCCUAAAUCCCAGAUCAAAGCAAGCAAACAUUAUAAUCAAGAUUACUGAAAGAAUGAAUCUUUUAAAAUAUCAAACAUCUAAAAUCCUGGAAAAGAGGAUCUGAAAAACUCAGAACAAGUUUAACUUUGACUACU